AUGGAGGUCGGAAAGAAACAGUUGAGGGGAGGACUUCUUCAUUUGUUUGAUUGGAAUGGCAAAUCUCGAAAGAAAUUGUUCUCAAACAAUGCUGAAACCUCAUGUAUGGAUGGGGAUGCCUACAAUGGCGCUUCAGGUACUACAUGCUGUCCUGAUUUUAGUUCUGCUUCUUCGGUGACUAGUGAUGAAGGAUGUGGAUCUAGAGCACCUGGACUUGUUGCUAGGCUCAUGGGGUUGCACUCGUUGCCUACACCGAACGUCUCGGAGCUAUCUUCUACUACAUAUUCGGCGUCUCGGAGCUGUCAACCUAUGGGCCACACUGGCACCUCAAACAAGCUUGAUAGGUCAUCUUCAAGUCCGAUUGAACCGAGGUUUUGUAAGAGUCCGGGGUUCAUCCCAACCAAGAACGCAGCUUAUAUUUUGGAGGCAGCUGCAAAGAUUAUCGAGGUUGGUCCUCAGAAAACAUCCGAUCGUAAACUGCUGCCGUUCGGGUCUUCUUCAGUUCCUUUGAAAAUCCGGGAUUUGAAAGGGAAAAUUGAAGCUGCACAUAAGGUAUCCAGACCUCAAAGACCUGACCAGCCUAGUCAGAGCGUAGCAAAGUCUUCGAAAGAACAACAUAAGGGCAAGAGUCACAUUAAAUCGGAUUCAGAAAAAGGUAGUUCUAACAGUUUGAGGAAUAAGGGGAAACCAGUCUCACUUGCAGAACAAUCAAGGGUUAAUGUUAGGAGGAAAGAGGGGUCGUUUUCAAGUGAUAACGAGAGUCCUGCAAAUCCAAAACAUUCUUCUAGGGGAUCAGCAGAUGCACGAAAGAAUGUGGAGAACGGAACUGCGAAUACGACUAACAAUGUCCUGAGGCAGAAUAAUCAGAAGCAGAACUGCUUAUCUAAUAGAGACAAAUGGACAUCAAAGACUUCGACUCUGGACCAGCAAGGUAGAAAGGCUAGGUCCGUAAAUGGUAGGGUCAGGUUGAGUAGGACUAUAAGCAAGGUGACAGUCAACUCCGAAUCUCAAUCCAGGAACAUGAGAUCCUCCGCAUCUGGUCCUUCAAAGGAACUUCUCAUGUCUAGACAAAAGAAUUCGUCUAGAAAGAAACAGCUUGUAAAUGAGGAUCUUCUGUCCGGAAAACCAGUUUCCAAAAUUUCAUCGAUGAAUGGCGGUGAAAGGUCCAUCAAAUGUAAUGCUACUACAACUGAUGGGAACUCGAAUCAAGAUGCAGAGAAAAUGAAGACAAGCAUGGAUGUUGUUUCUUUUACAUUUACAUCCCCCAUCAAAAUAUCCAUGCCCAAUGUACCUUCCUCAAGUCAUGUUGCAGAAACCAGCUGCAACUUGCUCAGGAUUUUCUGUUUCGGACUCAAUAUAAUCGGCGGUGAUGAUCUGAGUGUUAUUGUUGGGAAAAAGCUUGAGGAAUUGACAUAUAGAGUUGAGUCAUCUAAUUGCAAUAUCAUUUUAGAGGAGACCUCAAGUAGUCCUGCAUCAAGUCAGAAAACUUCAGAGCUCCCACUGGGUACAUUGACCACUACUACAUCAACAGGACAUCAUGAAAGACUACAGCUUUCAGAAGAAAUUGAAGAUCGAAAUGCUAGUGAAAGCAGCAGCGAGACUGCCGAAGAAUUAGAUUUGCAACAUCCUAGCCCACUUUCAACUCUCAAACUUGCUGCCAUGAGCGAGUGUUCUGCUGAUAGCAGAGAUAGUGGUACCAGCGGCACAAUGCAUUUGGCUCCUGAUGAAGAAGUGUUAAGCUCGUCGCCUGUAAUCGAGUCUUCCCAGAUCGUGGGAGAAACGGAUGGAAAGCUUCCAACUACGACAUCAAAAAUCAACAGAUUUGAAAGAGUCAACCAAUUCCGAUCUUGA